AUAAUUCAUUAUUAUUUGAUAACUUUCAAUAUUCAACUGAAGUAGCUCCAAGAUGGUUGUGAAGUGCGCUGUAAAUGGGUUCGGCCGUAUCGGUCGUCUAACUUUUCGAUAUGCGUGGGAAGAUCCAUCCCUUGAAAUCGUCCACGUGAACGAUGUAUGCUCCGUCGAAAGCGCUGCAUACCUCAUUCAAUACGAUUCCGUGCACGGAACAUGGGACAGAAAAGUUGAGGUAACCGAGGAUGGAUCUGGUUUCACUGUCGACGGAAAACUUGUGACCUUCACCUGCGAAGGUGACUUUACCAAUGUCGACUGGGCUUCGAAAAAUGUGGAACUCAUGAUGGAAUGCACUGGGAAAUUUUUGAAAGUGAAGACCCUUCAACCCUACUUCGACGAAUGUGGCAUUAAGCAGGUUGUCGUAUCAGCCCCUGUCAAGGAAGAAGGGGCCCUAAAUGUUGUUUUGGGAUGCAAUCACGAACUAUUGAGCAAAGAAACAAAGCUCGUCACGAACGCAUCCUGUACGACCAACUGUUUGGCUCCCGUUGUGAAAGUGAUUCGCGAAAAAUUCGGAAUUGUCCAUGGUUGCAUCACGACAAUUCACGAUGUUACAGGAACCCAGACCAUCGUCGACAUGCCGAACACCAAAAAGAGUGAUCUCGUAAGUUAUUUUAGCUUGUCAAUUGAAUUAUUUUCGCCGUCAAAUACUUGUCGCAUGAUGUCAACUUACCUUUGUAUUCGACUUUUUUCUCCCGUUAGCGCCGUGCACGAUCUGGAAUGACAAACCUUUGCCGUAAGUGGACGCAAUUUKCAUCACUGAUUUGAGCUUGGUGCUGCUGUUGGAACUCAAUCGUCUCAUACAUUUCUAUUGCAAUUAUCUCUCGUCCGCUUCUCAAAUUGAAAAUAUGCUGACGCACCAAUGUUGCUCAUAUUUUGGCGAUCUCCAGCUACUUCGACUGGGUCGGCCACUGCAAUUAUUGAAAUCUACCCCGAACUCAAGGGCAAACUCAAUGGUCUGGCGGUUCGAGUACCUCUUUUGAAUGGAAGCCUUACCGAUUGCGUUUUUGUAGUAAAGCGUUCCGUCACUAAAGAGGAAGUGAACGAAGCACUGAGGGAAGCUUCUGAGAGUGGCCCACUCAAAGGCAUCCUAGGAUUUGAAACAAAACCUCUUGUCAGUUCUGAUUAUACAAACGACACUCGCAGUUCGAUUGUAGAUGCCCUUUCGACCCAAGUUAUCGAUGGCACACUGGUUAAAAUUUAUGCCUGGUACGACAACGAGGCCGGAUACUCGAAACGCAUGGCGGAACUUUGCAGCAUUACAGCUGCCAUGAACAUUUCCGGUAUCGAACCGCUUUUCAAGUAUGAAUAAAUUUGUAUUGUGAUACCAUUGGUUUUUGUCGGACUUGUUGGAGUGACACGUGUUCUUCAAUUCAAAUUGUGGGAUUUAUUUGCUUCAUAAAAAAAAGAAUCUACC